UUCCUUCGUCUUUCUUCGACUCGCGCCCUUCUUCUCUUCUUUCUGUGGAAUCCAUUGAAGGCGAAACACGGGAGAUUCCUCUCGAUUUCCCGGAGCUCCGCCGCGCCGAUGGCCGUCUUCUUGGGGACCGUCCGAUGCGCUCCGAGCAUGGCGCGGUUGGCUCCGUACGGCCGCCGAUUCCGCAUCGCCUCCAACCCUGGGGUCUCGCUUUGCAGGCGCGGCUCGUCUCCCUUCAGGCUCCUUCAUUCUCGAGCUUCCCUCGAUUCUUCGGCUGAAGAUGCGAGAGGGAUCGGGCACCAGGGAGAGUCCGACUCGGAGCUUAUAUUUAUGGGAACCGGGACCAGCGAGGGGAUUCCGAGAGUGAGCUGCUUGACAAAUCCUUCAGAGAAAUGCCCGGUAUGCUUAAAAGCUGCUGAACCAGGGAGCAAGAAUAGGAGACUAAACACGGGCAUUCUCAUUCGAUAUCCGGGACCAACUGGAAAAUGUAAUAUUCUCAUAGAUGCUGGAAAGUUUUUCUACCAUAGUGCUCUUCGAUGGUUCCCUGCAUACGGGAUAAGAACAAUUGAUGCGGUUGUACUUACUCAUUCUCAUGCUGAUGCCAUUGGAGGUCUUGAUGAUCUUCGAGAUUGGACUAAUAGCGUCCAGCCACAUAUUCCAAUUUAUGUAGCCAAUCGUGAUUUUGAGGUGAUGAAGAAAACUCAUUACUAUUUAGUGGAUACCAGUAGUAUCGUACCUGGUGCCGCUGUCUCAGAGUUGCAGUUUAACAUAAUACAGGAGGAGCCAUUUGUGGUGAAUGAUCUGCAGAUAACUCCUUUGCCAGUGUGGCAUGGACAAGGUUAUCGUUCUCUUGGUUUUCGGUUUGGUAAAGUCUGCUACAUCAGUGAUGUUAGUGAAAUACCAGAAGAAACUUAUCCUCUUCUCAGGGACUGUGAUAUCUUGAUAAUGGAUGCAUUAAGGCCAGAUCGCUCUUCUUCAACACAUUUUGGCCUCCCUAGGGCUUUGGAAGAGGUCCGGAAAAUCCAACCAAAGCGGACGCUUUUCACUGGUAUGAUGCAUCUGAUGGAUCAUGAAGUAGUGAAUGAAGAUCUUAAAAAGCUCUUGGAGACGGAGGGCAUUGACGUACAGCUGAGCUAUGAUGGACUCCGCAUACCUAUAACGCUCUAGCCUUUGAGUUCGACGCGAGUCUCGUUCUUCGAUCAGAUGAAACAUUUAUGAAUAAACACCUCAGUGACGACUAUCAAGGUCGUUUAGAAAUUCUUUUACCGGACGAACUGAAUAUCAAGGCAAUCAGCUGCGACUCCAUCUCUAUCUCUAAUGUUUGUGUCGAUGCAGUUCAUGAACAAUAAAUUCUGAAAUUUUUUGGCUGUUUCCUAGCGAGGGGCCGGCUCUUUCAAGACCCAGAAACCAUAUAAUAACCCGUGAAAGAAUGGGGAAACGAAUGCAUUGUGGAGGAUGGAUCAUGUUGGCUAUGGAAGCUCUGGCUCAGGUAGGCCAGAAGCAGAAGACGAAGUCCUUUAGCUUUUGUCUCAUGUGGCUGCUUGCCUUGGACAUGUAAUAGAAAAUUCUGUGAGUUUCGGUUCGAAGUGCAUCAUUUAUCGUGAUUGAUCACGGCAACAUUUAGUGGA